AUGCUGAAUAAUGUGAUUCGGCCCCAUUGCGAAUGGGGAAACCUGGAUAUCGUCAAGCACCUACUUGAAUCCAGUGGUGGACUAUCGUCAACGAGAUUCAACGUUUAUGGCAUCAAUUCUUCGGGUGACAAUUGUCUCACCGGGGCUGCCCGUGGAUGGCGGGAGGACGUCCUUGACUAUUUGCUAGAGUCCGGCAUGGACUCCAAAGGGGUCAUGGGCGACAUUCCCCCACUGGCCGCGGCAAUACGUGCUGGAAGUCUUUCCAUGGUACGGAAGCUUGUCAACCAUGGCGCGAGUCCGCAUGAUUGGGACGGAGAAACCCUGCUUCAGUAUGCCGUACGUCUUGAGCAUACAGCAAUACUUGAGUUCCUCCUAGAUAGAGAUGUCUGCCGUGAUGAGCUGUCAGAGUUGGAAUAUGUUAGGCAAAGAGCAAUGGAUUUGGGGCUGGAAUCAAUGGCUGAAAUUAUACACCGACGGGAGAAAGAGUGGAACGCCAAGAACGUGGUGAAUACAUGUACUACAUAG